UAGCUAUGAAUCGUAACAAUGAGACUCCAAAGAAGAAGAAGAGCCUCUUAUUUGAAUCCUCAAACCCAAACCUUACUAACUUCCCACGCCGCUUAAGCGUCGCAGAUAUUCUUCUCACCGGUGACGAAGACGAAAACGACGCUAAUUCCAUGGCCGGCGUCGGAAAACCUUCGCUGUCUGCCAGAUGCUAUUCGCCUUGGCGACUUCUUGCUAGGUUGCUUAAGGUUCUGAGGCACACUAAGGGACACACAGUGGCUCUGCGACGGAGGCAGCAGAAUGAGACUCCUCAGUCCACCGCGACGACGCCGUCGCUGAUAAACGUAUCAAAUGGCAGUAAGGAGUUCGGAGAGUUGCACGAUGAUGCUUCUUUUAAGCUAGGAGUUGGUUGUGGUUUACUAUAUAUGAUUGCAGCUAGUAAAAAUGAGCUUGGGAAGAUGGUUGAAUUGCGGAAAGAAAUGGAAAUGCUCCUUCAAAAUGUGAAAGGGGUACUGCAGAGUAAAGAUGCACUUAUCAAGCCAUUGAAGCAGAAUGAGGCUCUUGCCUGUUCCAUAACUGAUGUUCAAGAAGUUUCCGACUUUCACAGUCCCCUUUCAGUUCAUUCAAAAACACCAUAUGUUCACCAAGAGUCAACAAGUGCAGUGGUUCAUAAACAUUUUCUAGAAUAUAAUAUAAAUGACCGUAAUAAACUUGCAGAAGAAAUAAAUGAGCUUGAGGCAGAAUUUGAAGUUGAGUUAGAACGGUUGCAGCUGUAUAUGGAUAGAGAAGCUGUGUAUGAAGAUGCAAAACACGAAAUAUUUAAGGUAAAUGCUGAGGACUCCCAUUCAAAGAGCCAUAGUUUGAGUUCUGGUGAAAUAGUGAUGGACCCGCAAGGAGCAUGUGCUGAUGUAUCUUUUGCAGUUCCUCCAGUUGAACUGGAGAGAAGAUUGCAUGAACUGCUACAAGCAAGAAUGCAAGAACAGAUAUCGGAGUUGGAGUCUGCUUUAGAAUGCACCACUCAUAAGCUUGCUGAGAAAGAGAUUGAGGUUACUUGGUGGAAAGACACUGCAAAACUUGUGUCGCAGCACCUUCCAGAAACUUCUCGGUUUACGUUCCGUCUUGAUCCUGAUACUGCUUUGAAGUUGAGUCAAGUUGUAUAGCUUUUGAAAGAGUGAAGUAUAGGCCAUUGUGGUUUUUGCACAACGUAGUAACAACCUGUUGCUCCAUUUUUUCUUUUCAUUUAAAUUUCUGGUUCAGUCAUGGAGCAUAUAAUUUGG